AUGAGGAAACAACGAAGGACAACUGCAUGCGUGGAGUAUGAUGAUGGCAGCUCUGAUGAGCCAAAAAGUGCCAACUACCUGGUCGACCUCUCAGAAAGGGAGUUGAGUGGAGAUAUGGAUGAUUCUAUGCACCGAAGUUCCAGGGGCAGAGUCACCUUCACUGCAGUCAAGUUCACCAUCACAGCCCACGUGGAAUGGAAAAAACUGAAACCUGAGGACACGGACAUAUGUGCCCUGCAAAGAAGCAGCAGCCAAAACUAUCAACAGAAAAUGCCCGUUCUGCAGGCAGCUACAAUCAGCAGAGAACGUGCAUCCUGCAGCAAAGAAGCUGCGAAAAGCUCCUAUCAGCCCAGAAGCACAAUGCCUGGGGCUCUGCUUUGCUCAGCUCUGCUCCAGAAAAGCGGCAAGCCUGGAAUCCGCCCUCCAGAUCACAAAGGUGAAACAGCACAAUCGAACCGGCUGCGAACCUGCAACCACAAGGUCAAUAGCAGCGCGAGUAAACCAUCUGCGGGACCUGGGACUAUGGAAGCAGAACUCAAGCCAGAAAUCCAUCCUUGUCCCUUCUGCUCUCUUGCCUUCUCUAAUCAGAACUUCCUCAGUCAUCACAUGAAACAAAGUCAUCCCUCGGGAACAUCUGCAAGAAAGCAACCUCCAUCAGAGAGUUCCUGUCCACAUGAUCAGAACCAAUGUUCUGAUCCAUAUAAUGACAAACCCAAGAAUGACAUACUUGAAAGUCAAAAGCACAAAGAAAGCUCCAUACAUUUGGCUAGUAGGAUGAAGCAUGGAAGAAUUUCAACAGUGUUUUCUAGACUAUAUAGCAGCCAAAUAGGUAGCUCUAGUAAACAGAUAACAAUGGAGGAAGACAUUAACACAGGCCUGAAAGAAAAUCCAAAAGACACAGGUGGAGUAGUUCCAGGGAUAGACUUGCCAAUAAUUUUAAGAGACAAGUAUGUAAGGCCUGAGCAAGGUGUCAACGAUGGAUCAAAUCUCAUCACACAUCAAAUGACUCACACUAGGGAGAAGCCCCAUGUUUGCAGGGAGUGUGGCUGUGACUUCAAUCUGAGGUCACAUCUCAGCAAACACCAGAGAACACACACAGGAGAGAGGCCCUAUGUUUGCAAGGAGUGUGGGCGUGGCUUCAGUGAGAGGUCAAAUCUCAUCAGACACUGGAAAACACACACAGGAGAGAGGCCCUAUGUUUGCAGUGAGUGUGGGCGUGGCUUCAGUGAGAAGUCAACUCUCAUUGCACACCAGAGAACACACACAGGAGAGAAGCCCUAUGCUUGCAAGGAGUGUGGGCGUGGCUUCAGUGAGAGAUCACAUCUCAUCACACAUCAGAGAACUCAUACAGGAGAGAAGCCCUACAUUUGCAAGGAGUGUGGGCGUGGCUUCAGGCAGAGGUCAAAUCUCAUUACACACCAGAGAACACACACAGGAGAGAAGCCCUAUGUUUGUGGGGAUUGUGGGCGUGGAUUCAGUCAGAGGUCAACUCUUAUCACACACCAGAGAACACACACGGCUGUGGCCGAGAGCAGCGGCAGUGAAACCUGCUUCCAAAAUGCCGCAGCUGCAAUCAGCCAACAACGCACCAACAAUGCAGCAAAAAGCUACACUUCCAAAUUCUGCCUGCUUGCGGAGAUGGCAGCUGUAGCCGGCAUCACUCUUCAGCGAUUUAGGCUGCUUUAA